CAUUAAUUACUGAAACAAGUGGAUAUUAUGGCCAAAAGUUCAUUGUGCUAUUGAGACUACAAAGGUAUAUAGCCAAUAUCACGUAUAUAUGAGGGGGCCGGUAAUAUUGGAGUUUUGCUGAAGUAUAAAGAGAAGAAAAAAAUUGUUCGUCGAACACAGUGAAAAACAUACAUAGCAAAUCCAGUUAUAUAAGCAAAAGUUAGAAUGGGUUUUUUCUGUAUGUGUCUGUUUGUGUGUUUACAUGUCGAAUGUGAACAAAAAUUGAUCAUCAUCAUUGAAUUAAAUUCAAUCAACAAAAUGAUAGAAAAAUGGACAAUUGGAAUUUGGAUUGUCCAAUCGAUUCGAAUGAUUCAUAUGAAUGUCGCAACAUAUUGGAGUGUUUUCGUAAACAAACGAUUAAAGCUUACGAUAUAAAAUCAUUGCUUGAAGAACGAUAUGCCAUCCUGUCCGGAGGCCGAGAUAUACGAGGUGGACCAAUCAUAUUUUUUCCAUCACGUCAACCAUCAAGUGAAAAAUUUAAUAUUGAAAAUCUGAAAAUAAUACUCAAUUAUUUUGCCUCGAUACCAAGUGAUGAAUCAAAAGCAUUAGAAUUUUGUGUCAUAAUCGAUAUGCGUGGAUCAACAUGGUCAACCGUCAAACCGAUCUUGAAAGUAUUGGACGAAAACUUUCCCGUCAAAAUUCAUACGACAUAUAUUAUAAAACCGGAUAAUUUUUGGCAAAAACAACGAACAUCAUUGGGCACGACUAAAUAUAAAUUUGAAACCGUGCUCAUAUCGGUCGAAUCAUUGGCCAAAUACAUUCAACUGAAUCAGCUGACAAAUGAUGUCGAAAAUGGUAGCUAUCCAUAUGAUCACAUCAAUUGGAUACAAUCACGCAUUGUUAUCGAACAAUUCAUGGAACGUAUUGCAAAAGUCUAUUGUAUAAUGCUGGGCAUGAAGGAAGAAUUGAAAAAGAUAACAUUCUCCAAUGACAGUCAAGUGAUAAACAGUAUUAUUGAGGAACAUAAAAUGAUGAAAAAGAAAAUAUCAGAAAUACCUGUCGAUGAUGUCGAUCUUGAAGUACAACAAUUGUUAGCAAAAUUGAGCUAUUUCAUGCACGAUACAAAUAUGAUCCAUUUGAAACAAUCAUAUAGCCGGGAAUUGAUCAUUAACAAAUUCUUCAAUCCAGAUAUUGAAACAGCGAUUGCAAGAAUAUUUCAAAUCGUAAAUGAAAUUCAUCAUUGUCGACAGAAUCUUCUCAGACUUUGGAAUCAAAAACGUGUUAAAUAUGAACAACACCUUCAGCUAUUAUUAUAUGAAUCGGAUGCAAAUAAAAUGCUCGAAUGGUUACGCAACAAUAAGGAAAUAUUUAUGCGUAGUUUCAUCAUUAUCGGAACAACAUUGGCCGACAUCAAAGAACUGCAGGAAAAACAUGGCGAAUUUGCCAAUGCAUCUGUCAAUGUUUAUGUGAAUAUCACCAAAUUACAACAUGUUGCCAGUAAUAUGAUUGAAAAUGGCCAUACAUCCGUACAGCUUAUACAACAGAUUACUGGACAGCUAGAUCGUUCAUGGAAAGAAUUUGCAUCCAUUCUGGAUCAACGAAAUCUGUUAUUAUCCAUUGCAUUAGCAUUCUAUAAUAAUGUUGAGGAAUAUACACAACAACUGCAGAAUUUCUCCACAUUUUGUGAUAAUCAUCAAAAUCUUCUUCAACAAUCAUCAUCAUCAUCGACCACAACGACCACGACCACGACGAAUAUAUCACCAUCAUCACCAGCAUAUCAUCAGCAACAACAAAAAGUCAACGAAUUAGAAAGCCUAGUGAAAAAGAUGCAAUCAUUUUAUGAGAAAAUUGUUUAUCUUUAUAAUGAAUGUCAUUCAAGUAGUAAGAAAUUAAUUACACAAUUAGAACAUUUAUAUAAAAAAUAUUCGGGUGAUAUUGCUAGUCAUCAUCAUCAUCAUCAUCAUCAUCUUCAUCAUCUUCCUCAUCAAGAUUCGAAUACAUUUUUACAUCAAUUCUACCGUGAUUAUAAUGACAGUAUGACAAAUAUCAUGUCCUUGUUGCAAACAUUAGUAAUGAAUCAACAGAAUAUUGAUUCAAAGUGGCAUUAUCUAAAGAUUAAACUACAUCAACGUCUAGCAUUGGCAUUGUUUCAGGAUGAUGUACGCCAGGUACUCGAUUGGAUCAAUGUUCAUGGUAACGGGUUUUUGAAUAAAAAUCCUGGUAUUGGAAAAAAUUAUGCAAAAGCAAAAAUUCUACAAAAAAGUCAUAUUCACUUUGAAACCGUUGCACAGAACACCUAUACGAAUGCUGAGAAACUUUUGGCAGCAGCUGAUGAAUUAGCCCGUACUGGUGAAUGUAAUGCCGAUGAAAUAUCCGACGUAGCUCGGCAAUUGCAAUCACACAUAUCAACAUUUGCUAAACGUGUGGAAAAUCGUCGAACCAUAUUGAAUUUGGCCGUCGCUUUCUAUACGCUUGAAAAAGACAUCAAUAAUUAUGUAUCCGAACUACGGAAUCAGGUGAAUGGAACACCAUUGGAUAUGCCUGAAAAUAAGGAUUUGAUAGAAAAAAUCAUCAAUAAUUACCUCAUGCAACGUAAAUCUGUCCAUACACUAAUUACGAAUGCAAUCGGAAAAGGACAGCUACUAUUGAACGAAUUGAAAAAUUAUUCGACAUUUCACCAGGAAAAUUACGACUAUUCAGAAGAAUCAUUUCACUCAUUGUCAUCAUCCAUUACAACCAUACAAACAUCGUGUGAUAAACUUAAAUGUCUUGUACAAGAAUUCGAAGAUCUUUGGAAUAGCCAACAAUAUAAACACGAAAUUUGCCUCAAAAUUCGUCUAUUUGAAACAGAUUCAAUCAAUAUUACUUCACAAGUUGAUGUUUGGAUUGAAAACAUUCAAAGUGCAAUCUACAUGGAUGAAUCCAAACAACAACAACAACAACAACAAUCUCAACAAAUGCAACAAUUGACUCUUGCUGAUCUUCAACAAUAUGAAUCUAAAUUGGCAGCCACAAAUGAAAAAUUUACCCAAUUACAAUCGAUAAUAUUUGAAUCUGUUCAUUAUGGAAAAGAAUUGGACCAGCUUUUAGAAUCCUGUCCAUUUCGUUUGAUUGUCAAUAAAGGCGGUAAUAAUAAUGAACAAACUGGACAUGAUCUAGUGAAAAAGAUAACGACAUUUUUAAAUGAAAAAAUUAUCGACCUUGAAGACAUCUAUGAAGUGCGUAGAAAACAAUUGGAACAAAUGAUACAAUUCGGUCAUUUCCAAUUGAAUGCCGAACAAAUUUUCAAUUGGAUACGUAAUGGCGAUUCAAUGCUUAAAAGUUCAUUCUAUAUACCUACUUCAUUGAAAACUGCCGAAAAUCUCCGUUCCGAUCAUGAACAAUUUCAGGAUGCAAUCGAAAAGACACAUUGUCGUGCCAUCUAUCUACAUCAAAAGGCUGAUUCGUUGAUUCAAUGUGGCCACUAUAAUUGUUCGGCAAUCGAACAAAUCUCGAAUGAAUUAUCAAAACGAUGGCAAAAUCUGAUGACACAUGCUGAAGAUCGUCAUAAAUUGGUGUUGGCAUCCAUAAAUUUUUUCAAAACAAUCGAACAAGUUUGUUCGGUCGUUAGUAGCCUGCAAAAUGAAUAUAAACACGAUGAAGAUUUUUGUGGUGCAAGUCGAUUAACGGUGAUUACGCCGGAAACGAUACGAAACCUGGACAAUAAUGAUGAAUAUGCAUUAAGUUGUCAGAUCAGUAAACACCAUGAACAAAAAGAAGCAUUUCUCAAAGCAUGCACACAUGCACGUAGAAAUGCGGAAAAUUUUCUCAAAUACAUUCAACGCUGCAUACAAUAUUAUUCGGCAAAUUAUCCCAAUCAAACCUACACGAAUGCCGAGAAUCGUAUCAAGACAAUAAUGGACGAUCUACUAACCCAAGAGAAUCGUGUAUUGGAAUAUUGGGCUGAAAAGAAAAAACGUCUGGAUCAUUGUAAACAAUACAUAUUGGUGGAACAUAGUUCCAAACAAGCAUUGAAAUGGAUCAAUGAAAAUGGUCUCACAUUCAUACAAACUAAACAAUCCUACCUUGAUGAUCAAAACCAACAACAAUCGUUUGAUCGCGAAAAAUUGGAAUCACUUUGUAUUGAAUUCAAUAAUUUUAACCAUUAUCUUGGUGAAUGUCGUGAGAAAGUAUCACUACUGUCGCAGCUAUCACAGAAUCUAAUACAAAAACGACAUACACACGAAGUUGCUAUCAAAAAAUGGGUCCAAUUCGUCGAACAAUCAUAUAAAGAUUUCUAUAAACAACUGGAUCUAUUUAAACAACGAUUAAAUGAAAAACAAACAUUGUUCAAUAUUGAAUCAGCUGCUGCAUCUGCAUCUGCAUCAGCAGCAGCAGCAGCCACUAUGAUUAUCAAAGAUCCAUCGCCAUCAAUUAGUGCUAAUCAACAGUCAUCAACACCAACAACAAAUCUAGUCAAAGAUAUUAUUAGCAGCGCUAGUAGUAGCACUAGUGGUGGUAAUGUUCGGAGAUCGAUAAGGAAGAAAGAUUAUAUUAUGGAAGAAUUACUACGCACCGAACGUACCUAUGUGGAAGAUCUUAAGCUCUGUAUCGAUACAUAUCUACGAGAAUUUCGUUUAGCUGGUGACAAUCAUUUGCCACCGUUUCUUCAGGGCAAAGAACGGUUACUAUUUGGUAAUAUUGAACAAAUCCAUGAUUUCCAUAAACGGGUUUUCUUACGUGAAUUAGAGAAAUAUGAACAAAUACCGGAAGAUGUUGGUCAUUGUUUCGUAACAUGGUCAUCAUCAUUUGAUAUCUACGUGGAGUAUUGCAAAAAUAAACCCGAUUCCAAUCUAUUGCUUGUACAAUAUCAGGGUAGUUUUUUCGAUGAAAUCAAACAACGAUAUUCGAUUCUACAUCCAAUCGAUGCCUAUCUGAUUAAACCGGUGCAACGAAUAACUAAAUAUCAGCUAUUACUUAAGGAUUUACUCAGCUGUUCGGAUCCAGGCCAAGAAGGCGAAAUUAAAGAUGGAUUAGAUGUCAUGUUGAAUGUGCCGAAAAAAGCAAAUGAUGCAAUGCAUUUCUCAAUGCUCGAAGGAUAUGAUGUAACAAUGGAUCAAUUGGGUGAAGUCUUACUGCAAGACGUAAUGACCGUGUUUGAUUCGAAAUCACUAUUCAAAAAAGGACGUGAACGUCGUUUAUUUUUGUUUGAAAAAUUGUUGAUAUUUUCCAAAGAAAUCCGCGAUUCAAGUGGUAAAUCCAAAUAUCUAUACAAAAAUAAAUUAAUGGCAAACGAAAUCAAUAUCAACGAAACACUGGACGAUUCGGAAUUGAAAUUUUCCAUUUGGACUGGCAAAUUAUCAUCAAUGUCUGACUAUAAAAUCACACUGAAAGCAUCAACAUUGGAAACAAAACAAAAUUGGAUUCGCAAAUUGAAUCAGCUAAAAACGGAUACAUUUUUGUAUUCAACGUUUUUCAAAUCCAAAUCUAAUCAACAGAAAUUGUUAAAUUCAACAUCAUCCUCCUCGAUCAAUAAUAACCACAAUAAUCGCUCAAGCCGUGAUUUUAAUACUGAUGAUGAUGAAUGUUUGAAUGUCGUUUCUAAUUCAAUUUCGACAAAUGGCAGCAAUAGUGAUACUCAUCAUCAUCAGAAACAUCAGCCACUGCCAUCCUCAUCAUCAUCAUCGACAACAAUGACGGAUGAAAAUACAUCAUUAAUAUCGACUACAAGUUCGGGUUAUAAAACUGAUACUAGUGACAAGACAAUCCAUGAUUAUGCAUGGAUAAAAGAAGAUUUCAGUGAGCAAAAAAUUUCAUCAUAUGAUCAUCAACGGCAACAAUGGCCAUUCUUAUCAGUACGAAUUGGACAAAAAGUAGAAAUUAUUGAACAACGUAUACAUUCCUCACCAACAACACAUUUGGGUGAUUUUUGUCUUGUCAAAACGAUUCAAAACGAAUUGAAUGAUAAUCACCAUCAACAUCAACAAUUGCAAGAAGGUCUUGUACCAAUCAAUAUAUUACGAUUUCCUUUGCAAAAACAACAAUCAUUAUCAUCAACAUCCUCAUCAUCGAUAAAUCAUCAAUUACAACAACCUCAACAACGUCCAUCGAUUAUGUCAACGAUGACAACGGCCCAACCAACAUUCGAAUCAUCAUCACAAUCACCAACAACAACUGGUGAAGCUGAUUCUUCCACAUCCGUAUUAUUCCAUGAUCAUCAACAUCAGCAACGACAACAACAAAUGAAUCAUUCAACAACCACAACGGUCACAAUGGCCGAAUCAAAUAGCAAUACGAGUGGUGGUGGCGCAAGUGGUCAGAAUAAAAAACGCGGUGUAUUAAAAUGGAUUACAAAUCCGGUACGAAAAUUAAGUCAAGGUAGUAAUAAACAGCAACAACAACCGGUAGACAAAUCAGCAAUUAAUCAUCAUAAUAAUGAUAAUGAUAAUAAACCGACUACGACCAUGUCUACAUUAUCGAAUACAAAUAAUGUGACCAUAAUUACACAUUCCCCUACUGCUAAUAAUAAACAAAUUCUACCAUUAUCACCAAAUUCAUCUUCAUCAUCGUCAUCAUUAUCAUCGACAAUGAUACCAACUAAUCAAAAUGAAAUUCUCAUCGAUCCGACUGUAUCGACGACAAUGAUUGUUGUCAAUACAACAAUAGCUAGUAAUACUAAUGAUGAUAAUAAUCAUGUGAAUAACGCAUCACCAGCUAUAAUAAGUGAUAUUAAUGUCAUUGGUGGUGGUGGUGGUGGUGGCACCGGUGAAGAGGAUUGUGAUUUAACUGAAAUUGAAAUACCACCACCAAUGGCUGUUAUACAGGAACAUAAUUAUCAAACAAUUAUGUCGUCAUCACAAGCAGCACAAGAUUCAACAGUAAUGACGAUCGAUAAUGAACAGCCUUCAUUACCAGCAACAAAACAGCAGCAACAACAAGGAUCAAAUAUUGAACAAAUGAUGAAUAGGAUUAGCCUUGACGAUAGUCAAACACAACAACAACAACAACAACAACAAGAAUAUUCUGGUCGUGACGACGACGAUGGCGAUGAUGUAACGAACAAAACAAUCAAUGAACAAAAUAGCAAUACAUUGGACGAAGAAAAAGAUCGAGCAUUAGAAAAAAGAAAAUUUGUUUUGCUUGAAUUAAUCGAUACAGAAAGAGAUUAUGUACAGCAUUUAGGCAUGAUUGUCGAUGGCUAUAUACAAAUGUUUCGCAAUACAGACAACGAUACUAUGAUACAGAUCCCAGAUGAUCUUAAAGGUGGUAAAUAUAAAAUUGUUUUCGGCAAUCUAGAAAAUAUUUAUGAAUGGCACAAAGAUUACUUUCUACCCGAAUUGGAUAAAUGUAUUGAACAACCAGCUAGAUUGGGGAAAAUUUUCCGUAAAUAUGAACGACGUUUGAAUAUGUAUGUUGUGUAUUGCCAGAACAAACCUCUGUCCGAAGCUGUCGUUUCCGAUCAUUUUGAUUUUUUCGAGGAUGUACGAUUAAAACUUGGCCACAAAUUACAUUUGAGUGAUUUAUUAAUCAAACCAGUUCAACGUAUUAUGAAAUAUCAAUUGUUAUUGAAAGACGUGUUACGUUGCACCGAAAAGGCCGGUAUCACUGGUGAAGAGAUUGAUGAUCUGAAAAAAGUUGUCCAAAUUAUGAUUGUCGUACCGAAAACAGCCAAUGAUAUGAUGAUGGUAUCAAGGUUACAAAAUUUUGAUGGAAAAAUAUCUGCUCAAGGAAAAUUGCUACAACAAGGUCAACUGUUAGUUGCCGAUGUCGUUAUACAUUAUGGAACGAAUCUAAACCUACAAACGGUCAAGCUCAAAGAACGACAAGUGUUUCUGUUUGAACAAAUCAUUAUAUUCAGUGAACAAGUGGGCCAAAAAACACAAUUUUCGAAUCCGAAUUAUCUUUAUAAAAAUCAUUUACAAGUGAACAAAAUGUCACUGACGGAAAAAUCAUCAUCAUUGGAUUCGAAGCAAUUCUUGUUGAAAUCAAAAGAUCCUCAACAAGAUGGUCUUGCAUUUCUGUGUGAAGGCCUCACAAAAGAGGAUUCAAUCGAAUGGGUAUCCAAUAUACGUGCCAUACUUGACACACAACAAGAUUUUCUACGUGCACUUCAAUCGCCUAUUGCAUAUCAAAAAGAGCUGACCAAAGAAAUUUCUGCGCCGGAACUAUGUUCAUUGUGGAAUCCUUCAUUGAGAAAAACCUUAUCACAUCCACCAGCUCAUAUUGCUGCCAAUCGAGAGAAAUCAAAAUCAUCAACAUCAUCGUCAUCAACAACGACACCAACAACGACGACGACAAUAUCGACAAAUGGAAAAUCAAUAAAAACAUCAUCAUCGACACUUGGUCCGACACAAACAUCUAAAUCCGUGCGGAUUACAUCCAAUACAAAAAUUAAACAUGAAAAACACCAACUACCACGAAUACAUAAUCACCAUAAUGGUUCAUCCAACAUUGAUAAAUCGAUAAUGAAUCAAAAUGGUGAUCCAACAUCAUCAUCAUCUUCAUCAUCAUCGAUUAUACAAAAACAGCCUAGUCCAUUCAAAGAAAAGAAACGUUCGAUUAUUGAUGGAUUCAAAAAAUCAUUCAAAAGUAAACGUAAUGAUCUACUUGGUGGCGGUUGUGGUGGAUUCGAUAAAUUAUCAUCUGAUCAUACAACAUCUAGUCAUAGUUUUGAUGCUACAGCCAUUGCUAAGAAAACAUCAUUAACAAAUGAAUAUCUUGCCAAAAUGAAUCCAUCAAUAAGACGUUGGUCUGAACAGACCACUACUACUACUACUACAUCAUCAUCAUCAUCAUCUAAAUCGUCCAAAUGCACAUCAUCGAAUGCACAGAACAAAUAAUGAUGAUUUGCCUAAUUUUUUUUUAAAUAUUUCAACCGUGUAGUGUCGAACAACGCAAAACAAAUUGGGUUAAUUCACUUGUUAUAUAAACCUUUUUUUCUGAUCUCAUGAUCUCACAUCUCUCAUAUAGAAUGAUAAUUCCUAUAUACAGAAUGCAAAAUACCAAGAUUAUGAUUAACACCUACACACACACAAAGAUGAAUCAUAUUUUUCUAUAUUUAUCAACCAAUUUCAAUUCAUCAAUCAAAUGUGCAA